UGAAUUGAGGAAGGAAUAAACGGUAGUCGUCUGCGGGAACAUUGCAAUCAUGGCAGAGGAAGGCAAUAACCAAAUUUUCCAAAUCGAAGACGAAGAGUCGCCCAUAGAUUUAACAACAGAAAAAGAAACACAAAUCGUAUCAAAAUGUAAAGGGACUAAAAAAUUUGACAAACUUAACCUGUCGGAGGCAGAAAUAGAAGAAAGAAGACGAUCGGCUAAUUUCAUGGAAAGACGACGGAUGAAGAAAAUGUCGUCUGCGCUGGCAGAUUUGAGGAGAUGUAUACCCCAGCAGUACCAUUUAUAUCAUCGACGCAUGUCUAAGAUCCGAACAUUGAGGCUGGCUAUUGCUUAUAUCAAAGCACUGACGGAUAUGCUAGUAAAGGACGACCAAAGACGACACGGUUUGGCAUUGUCACAGGCGACACUUCCUGCCUUGGGAAUGAGACUUCCGCAUGAGCCAUUCUCGCCCCUGAGAAGCAGUAUGAUUAUCGCAGCAUAUGCCGCUCAUGGAGCGCAAACUCCCAGACGACAGCUAAUGUUCUCCCCGAAUACACGUGUCCAAGAUAUUCCCGGACCUAAUACUCAGACACCUGAAAGUUAUCACCAUCCAGCGUACCGAACACCCGUUAGUCACCCGAUGUUUGGGCAGUCUUACUUCCAGACCCCUUUUUCUGAUAAACCAACAGCAAAAGCUACAAUACCUGCUCCAGAAGACAAAAAAGAAAAAGUCAGGCCGUUCCUGAUCGCCAAAUGUCCGGCAUUCCCGGAGAAUUCAGCCAGAAGUUUGCGCCAUGUUGGAGUUCGUCGCGAGUCUUCCUGUCGGUUUGCCACAGAAGAACUGGACGGAGUUUGUCCCCUCCCUGAGGAAUCCGAGGGUGUGCACGGAGACCGUUUAUGACCGACUGAAUGGUGCGGACCCCGACAACACUCAACAACAGUGCUAGUGAAGAAGGAAUGAAAAGACUGUG